AUGCAAGGCUUACUGUGUGACCUCUAUAAAACUGUUCCCCCGAAGGGUCACUGUGAAUUUUGUAAUAUAAACUUAUGCAAGGCCUGUGUUGAGGACCACCUUACUGAUUUAUCAAAAAGUCACAAUGUCGUGUCCUUUCUACACAGUAAGUCUACUCCUAACUACCCCAAAUGUCCGAAACACAUCAACAGACAUAGCGAACUUUACUUCGAGAAAUGUGACAUUCCUGUCUGUUCUACCUGUAUCUCAAAACAACAUAGAGGGCACAAUUUAUGUGAUGUUCUGGAAAAACUCAGCACUAAAACGGAAAGUUUACAAAAAGAUUUAGAGGAACUAGAGAGCAGAAUUUACCCGCGAUAUGAAGAAAUGGCGACCGAAGUCCAAACUGAGAAAACCGAGUUACAAACGAAUUACGGGAAACUGACAACAGCUGCCGACCAACAAGGAGAAGUAUUGCACCGAAAGAUCCCCGCCAUUGUCAACCAACGGAAAUCAGACGUUGAGGAGAUGAAAAAUAAACAUAUGGGUGCUUUAGAUAAAAACACAGUUGAAAUUACGAACAAAAUUACAGAAUUUAAAAAGAUCAUUGAGGACUUGAAGAAAAUACUGAACACCAAGGACGCCUCUCUAACCUCUACUUACAAAUCUAGGAAUGGCGAGUUCCGACAAUUACCUCCUAAAGUCCAAGUUACAUUACCACGUUUCUCUUCUUCCAAAAUAAAUAAAAAUCUGCUCAGUGAAAUGCUUGGUUCUCUGUCAUCGUUGUCCAUUACAGCAGAAAAACAAAGUUAUACAAUGACGUCACCAGAAGCUGCUUCUCCUCCUCCAGUCAAACCACUGCUUAAUAAACCGCGUCUUAUCGCCACCAUAAACACUGGGUAUAGACAUCUACUCAGCAUUAGCUGUCUCAGUGAUGAGGAAGUCUGGACACGUGGGAAUAACGAAAUCAUGAAGCUCCUCAACCUCCAGAGUGAACUACUGACAUCAAUACAAACCAAGUCAGGGAACAGACCACUGGACAUAGCACGACACAAACCAUUCAAUUUGAUGAUCAGGGUCAACCUCUCUAUUUAUCUGGUCGUUACAUCAGUGAGAACAGGAACCUGGAUAUAUGUGUGGCUGACUGGGGAGCUAAAGCAACAGUGGUGGUCAAUCAAUCAGGAAACCUCCGAUUUAGAUACACUGGUCAUUCCUCUAUUAUCAAGAAAUCAUUUGAUCCAUACGACAUCACUACAGACAACCAGAGUCACAUCCUGA